AUGUGCAGAGAGUUGCACUGCAGAGAGAUUAACAAGGAUCCGGAACAUUGUUCACCGGAAGUUGCGCAGCAGAGAGCUGCAGAGAGAUCAGUUAUAGUAUAUUCUAUAUACAAUUUGACGAGACCUAGCAUGCUGUUGGCAUUCAUUGGCGUUGUUAUUAGAAAUGUUGCUGGCACUAUUGGUAUUUGGAGAUGCCCUGUUAGGGUUCGAGUUGGUGUUCGCAGUGGUAUUGGCGUUGUUAUUAAAAAUGUUGCCAGCACUGUUUGCAGUGGUAUUGGCGUUGUCAUUAGAAAUGUUGCUGGCACUGUUCGCAGUGGCAUUGGCGUUGUUAUUAGAAAUGUUGCCAGCACUGUUCGCAGUGGCAUUGGCGUUGUUAUUAGAAAUGUUGCCAGCACUGUUCGCAGUGGCAUUAGUGUUGUUAUUAGAAAUGUUGCUGGCACUAUAGGUUGCGGUUGCUCACUAUUGGUAUUUGGAGAUGCCCCUGCAAGGCUAAUCAUGAAACUCACAGUCAGAAGCAAUAAUCCAGGCCUAGAAUGUCAAGCUUGGGUAAGAGGGGAAGUUGAGCGCUCUCCAGAUUCAGACCCUGAAUGGCCAACUACUGAACUGGUCAAGGAAUCAACAAACCCAUAUGUUCGUAUGGACAUGGGGCUUCUGCGCACACGCCAGCAAGGCCAUACCGUGGAGUCCAUUCAUGACGCCAUGCUUGAACUUCGCGAAAUGUACCCCAAGGCCGGCAUGAGAGAAAUAAUUAGCUUACUACACCACGAGGAGGGUAUGAGUGUAUCAAGGAGGCGCUUUUGGGCUGCCGGAGUAAAUGACAUAGUUGCAGUGGACCAGCAUGACAAAUGGCUGCAGUUCGGUCUAGCAUUGCACACCGGAAUCGAACCUUUCUCUGGUCUCAUCAUGUGGAUGCAAGUUUGGCAUUCCAAUCGAAAUCUGCAGCUCAUUCUGAGCUACUAUCUAGAUACUAUUGAGAACCUUGGUUGUGAAUAUGCCCUUGGUUACACAGAGCGACCCUGGGACCAAAAAUUUUGGGAUCGCCAAUGGCCACACCAUGUUGCAUCAAUGCAUCGCUGGAUGCGAACCAAGAAAAAUGUCAUGCCGGAGAUUGCGUGGUCGCAACUGCGACGUCGAUUCACUCCAGGUUUUGAGUCCCUGCUGGACCACGGAGUCGAACAGGACUGGUAUGACAGUGAUAAUACACUUCAAGUAAUGGUCUUUCAAUGGGUCUUCAUCCCAUGGUUGCAGCGUGAAUUAGACUCUUACCAGGACUGGAUCAAUCAUACCGCCAAAAGGUGUGAUCGCAACAAGGUACUGCCACAUGGAAUCCCAGAACUUAUCUAUCGGUCCACUGAAGACUUUGGUGCCCUUGACUUCAAGAUCAAGAUAGAGAAGGCCACUGUGGAUCAUGUGCGAGCGACGUACAUCAAACCUGGACACCCUGUGUUCGAUCUCGUGCCCAGUGACCUUGGAGACACUCUCCAGAUGUGCUAUGAAUGUUUGGGACAUCCUGUCGUCAAUCGCAAAUCAGCUUGGACAGUGUAUCUAGGACUGCUUCAUAUAUUUUCUACCCUCAUUGAAACACGACCCCAGAUGCCGCUCCCUGACAGUAUUGAAGGAGAUGAAGAAUUGCUGCUCCUUCAGGAGCAUCGAGACCUGCCAUUUCAUGAAGAGACUAAUGGGUAUUAUUAUAUGGGUGGCGUUCGUGGAGGACUUGGACUAGAUGAUGGUCAUCAUCAAUUGCUCAAUGACCUUACUCACAAAGACGAACCAGAUGUCCCUCAUGAGGCUGACAAUGCCGGUCUUGUUGUUUGGGAAUUUUCGGACGAAGAAGCAGGUGCAAUGGACGAGUGGUGA